CACUAUCCCGCUAUUGACCACCAAAAGAAGCCAGUUUUGACGGGAAUAAGGCGGAAUCGGCAGCGCUGCCGCAAGUAUCCACUUUUUCACGGGCAACAAAUUGACAAAGAAAUUGUAAGAUAAUUUCCUGUGGCGAUUGCUGGUUGCGCAAAAGCCACUUGCCUCAAAAGCGGGCUCAAACAGAGUCCGAGCCGGAAGUGAAACAUCGCAGGGAGCGCGCAUCCCGUGUAAUUAGCGAACUGCGACGCACCAAACUUUUUUUUUAUUGUAUGCCGUGAGCUGAGCGGAGGUGGAGAUCGGGAGUUCGGAAUCCAGAAUCGGGUAUUGGGCAUUGGGAAUCGGGACGGGAGUCACAAGCAGGAGUCGGAGGCCAUGGAGCAGAACUCAAACAGCAGCGUCGCGGAGACGUUUGCGGACGCACCAGCGCCGGACGCGGAGUACGGCUCUGAGAACUGCUCCGGAUCCGGAAUGUCGGUGGGCGACACCGUGAGCGCCAAUCACGAGUUCCAGACCAUGAAACCGGGUCCCGGUGUGGUGCACAAAGUGAUGCCGGUGGCUAACAGCGCCAGCAGUGCCACCGCAACCAACGGUCGGACGCGCUCCGAGAUGCCGCACAGCGAGCUGGUGAAGAUGCUGUACUACCUGGAGGGCGAACUGCAGGCACGGGAUGUGUGCAUAGCCGCACUGAGGAACGAGCGGGUGAAGCAGCUCAUCGCCCAGCUGCGCACCAAGCGACUGCAGCCCAACGAUCCGUAUGCGGCCAUAUUCCGGGACAAGAUCGCCCUCAAUGGGAAUCUUAUAUCGAGGGAAUCGUCUACGCAGGCGGCGCAGGCAGAGAUGGAGGUGCGCCAGAUCAUUGAGCAGCAAAUGGAGCAACAGUAUCAGAUGGUUAGCAAGCAGAGGGCCACGCACGUGCGUAUGGUCAACAUAUUGACCGAAUCGCUGGAAAAUAAUCAGCGAAUGCUCCAGGAAUUGGAGGAGGAGAAGCGGAAGCACGAGAACACCACGGCCCAGGGCGACGACAUCACCUACGGCCUGGAAUUGGAGCGCACCAAGCUGAAGCAGGACCUCGAGGAGGAGCGCACUCAGGUGGCCAAAAUGGAGAAGGAUCUGAAGAAGCUGCAGGAGACGCUUGAGUACGAGCGCAAUCGACAGAAACAGAUCGUGCUGCUGCUGAUUGCGGAGCGCAAAAAGAUCCUCAUGAAGUAUAUUGAAGAAGGGAAACGCUCUGAGGAUCUGGCCCAAAUCCUGGCCGAGGAGAAGCAGCGGUCGGACACCAUUGCCGAGGGUCUCGAGGAGGAGAGCAAAAAGUCGUUGCGCAUGGAGGAGGAACUGGAGAAGCAAACGCAUGCCAUGGAGCAGGAGCGGAAAGUGCUGUUUGCCAAACUAGCCAAGGAGGAACUCCGGGUCAAAGAGCUGGAGCAGGAACUCAACGCCCUACGGAGCGAGCAUGAGGCUCUGAAAAAGCAGCAGCAGCUGGGUGGCAGCGGCUCAUCCGUGGCCGCCGCCAAGGCGCGACAGUUCAGCGACGACGCCUGUGCCACGCCCCCCAUGGUGAACAUCGCCAAGAUCGUGCAGCCAACAGCCACGGUUAGCAGCAUGCCGGUUUCGGGACCACAGACCGGCAUCGCCCGCUCCAUUGCGCCGGGCCAGAACAUCCGGAGCGCUGGAAUCGCAACGGCGCCCACUGGCACGGCCACAGCAGCAAUAGCACCACUAGCUGCCGUGCUCAACCACACUACCAACACCACCACCACCACCACGAACAACACCACCAGCAGCAGCAACUCGAGCGGCAGCGUUGGAGCAGCUGCAGCAGCAGCUGCAUCAGUGGAGACGGCAGCUACUGUCACCGUGCCCAUGGUGGCGCCACCCUCACCCUCCCCGGCGAAGAUGCAGCCGACAGCUACCAUCCAGCGGGCGCCCGGCGGCAAGUAUGCCGCACUGGCUGCGGCAGCUGCCCUCGACCAGACCACACCACCGCAUCCUCAUCCCGUUCCCAUUGCCGUGCCGCCGGUUACGGUGCCACCAGCGGGAGCCCGUGGAGCACCGCCCCCCAUACCAACCAAGCCGAUCGUGCCUCCCAAGCGGGAGCCAUCGCUCUCCCGGCUGGGCUCGAUCACGGGCAGCAGUGCCAUAGCGGCUACCACCGCAGCCACCACGACCGCGGGUACGGCGAAGCAGAAUUAGACACCUCCACUCCACUCAGACUCACAUUAAUUACCGAUAUUGGGCGUAGGAUAAGCGAAAUACUCAAGCGGCGUAGUCCCUCGAUGACCGCGCUAGGCAACAGGAUCCUCCAUCCCGAACUGACCUUCUUCUGUUUUGUUUUUUUUAAAUGGUUUAGUUCUAUGUGCGUGCAAAAGUUAUAUGUCUUUCUUUCGUUUUCUAUUAUGCCUAUUUACUUUAAAUUGAAUCUACAAAAGUAUGCAAUUUAUUUUAGAUAUUAUUUAUUGUAAUGUCACAAAUCUUUUGCAAUAGGAUCUUUAAGCAUAAUUUGAGAAUCCUUUACACUUCAAUACUUAUACAUUUAUUUAACAUUUACACAUUCAACUUCAUUGUCAGUUCGAGACUGGAAACCUAAGAGGUAGUCUAAAAUCUUCUUAAAAGUAACAACGUUUUGAUUAUCUGAGUAUCUUCGGUUGCCUAGCGUGAUUUGGCAUGCAACACGUUUAGGAGAAAAGUUUGUUAAGAAUUAGAAAGAUAGUAUACAGUGCGACUCCCCAGGCGGCCUCUCAUCUAAGUUUGGUUUAGUUUUUAUUGUUUUUACCAAGCGAUAUGAUAUGAUACAUUUUAUAACGCCGUUGGCGGUCCGAGGGCCAAGCCAAGAGACAAGCGACUUUAAAUGUAAUUCCGUGCGUAGUGAGCGAACAUUUGUACAAGGCCGUGCGAUUCUCAUAACAAGUAACAGCCACAAUAUAUGAUAAUUAUAAACAUACCCCACAGA